GAGACUAAGUCUUAGACCAGGGUUUUCGGAUCUCAGCGGCAUAUCCCUAUCACUGAAACACCCCUAGUACCUCUCCCCCGAGGAUCCAUUCACAUUGCGUACCGUUGUGUAAAAAACUUCCAGGUGAUCUUAAAUAGUGACUUAGAAAUGACGUCACUGCAAAAGUGKGGUGUUGUGAACCUGUGAAAAUAUGACCUGCGAAAAUAAAAACAUGCCUGCCAUUGCAAUAAAAACUGAUAUGAGACACAUGAAUUAUUGUGUCACUGUUAUCAAGCGCGUACAACUAGGAACGUUAUUUUCUUUUUAUUGGUGGCCUCAGAAGAAAGCGGGAGUCUCUAGGUAAAACCAUAUUGUUUCAACAGUCACUGCCAAUUUGAAGUGGAUGGCUUGAAACUCAUAAUUUCCGAUCGCGAGGCCGGGUCGCGAGGUAAAGUGACACCUCAGGUUUGCAAAUUCGGCUAUUUUUUCUCAGCGGAUCAGCUGGAAUUUGUAACUGUCAUGAAUCUCUUGUUUAUUUAAGAAAUGGUGGUACAAAUUGCGUGAAAUAAUAAUUUUCUAGUUACAUCUUUUGAUGGUAUCUUUUUUAUAAUCGCUUAGUCACCUGUGCUCAACAAAUUAUUAUGUAACAACGUACUAUUCAAGAAGGACUACCGGAUGGGGUUACAGGACAUACUAUACUUCAUGCGGUUUCCUUUGGAUGAAGCGAUGUGCACGUUCUGUAGGUACCAGGAGAGUCUACUAUGUUCUCGAAACCUCUCGUGCAAGUAGAAGCAGAUACUACUGUUGCUCAGGAUGGCGAUCUGGAUUGUAUAAAGACUGCUCAAUACCUAUUUGCAGAAGUGGUUGUGUUCAUGGGAAUUGCACAUCCCCAAACACAUGUACCUGUAACAGCGGAUGGACAGGAAGCAGAUGUAAUAUAGAUGUGAACGAGUGUAAAUCCUCCAUCCAUGGAUGCCAGCAAGAAUGCAUUAACACUGUUGGCUCAUUCAUUUGUAAUUGCAAUAAUGGAUACAUUAAAUCAUCUACAAAAACCUGUCGAGAUCAGGAUGAAUGUACAAGGAGCCCAUGUACUUGUGCAUCUCGUCAACUCAGUGUCGACGUCUGCAAUGCUACUUGUAUCAAUAGCCCAGGAAGUUAUCAAUGUUCAUGUUCCAAAGGGUUUAAGACAAUGACGGCAAGACGAACUAUUUGCGAAGACGUAAAUGAAUGUUCUGGUUACAAUAAUAAGUGUGGGAAAACACAACAAUGCGUCAACACGUUAGGAAGUUACUAUUGUGUUUGUCCCCAUGGAUACAAACUCAAAACAAAUCAAUCGUUCUGUGAAGAUGUAAACGAAUGCAAGACAAAUAAUGGCGAAUGUGAACAUAAUUGUACAAAUACCCCUGGUUCAAGACGAUGUACGUGUAGGAGGGGCUACCGUUUGGAUAGUGACGACAGGUCAUGCAGUGAAAUAAACGAGUGCCGCGAAGGUAUACAUAGAUGCCAAUACGGAUGUAGGAAUACCAGGGGAAGCUUUACAUGUUACUGUGGUCCUGGAUACGAACUGAAUUCCGACAAAAGGACUUGUUCAGACAUAAACGAAUGUAGGCGCUAUAAAGGUAGAUAUGUUCCAUUAUCUACCUGCCAACAGUUGUGUACAAAUACAGAUGGAAGUUAUACUUGUGGAUGUAGACGCGGGUUUAAGAUCCUGGAAGACAGGAGAAGUUGCGGAGAUGUCGACGAAUGCAAAACGUGGUCACACGGGUGUGGCCAGGAAUGCAUCAACACACUUGGAAGUUACAAUUGUAGCUGUAAGGCCGGAUAURAACUUAAUUCAGAUGAGAGAUCAUGUAGAGCUCUUCCUUGCGAAAUUAUUAAAAAACCCUUGUAUGCUUCAUUAAACUGCUCCGGCACAACAACUAGCCAUUUCUGUUGGGUUUCAUGUUAUCAUGGCUACAACAGAGAGGGUCCACAGAGAGUAACCUGUAUGCCUAACCAAAGAUGGAGUGUUCCUCAACCCACAUGCCGACCGAAGUUAUGUGGCAUUUUAUCUCCUCGACCCAACGCAAUUGUAUCUCUUCCCUGCYAUAGACACUUUCGUUCUUCCUGCGAUAUGCGAUGUAUAUCUGGAUACUAUUCAUCUGGAAGCAGUAAAGCAACUUGUGAUCUUACGGCAGACCAGCAAAAUGUUGUCUGGAAAACUGAUUUCGAGUGUUUUUAUGUACGAAACUGCAAGCCCAAUCCCUGUCGUCAUGGAGGUAUUUGUACUUCACUGUCAUCAAAGGAUUUUCAAUGUGACUGCUCCAAUACUGGGUAUGAAGGGAGACUAUGUGAGCAUGGAGUCAUUGACAUUCCAUUGUUUCCGAAACUAAAAGCAAAUCUCCCAUCUCCAUACUUAUCUCUCCAAGCUAAACCCUCAAAAGAGAUCAAAGUAUCGAUAGUAUCAGACGACGAUGUAGUCGCAGAACCUAACGAAUUGCCAAUAACAGGAUCAAGUACCAAUGCAUAUUUUACUUUGAAAGCCCAACGGCCUGGUUUCAAGUCGAUCUCCUAUUACAUUCAAGGAGAAAACGAAGAAGACUACCAAAAACCAGCAGAUAGCAUUCUUUUUGUGACUCCAGAACUUAAACCGGAAACAAAAAGUAUUUUCGCUGAAAAUCCUACCCUUGAAGACGAAUUACCAAUAGGGUGCUACAUGACAGUGCUUGACAACGAUAAAUGCUCUGCAAAACUUUCCUCCACGUUGCCAUGGAGCCAGUACACAAAUCAAGAACAGGUAUCGACACAAGGAAUAGUGCAUUUAACGACUAAGGAAGGAAUAUCCACUCCUUUGUCCCUAAUUGGGUAUGACUUUCCACUUUCGUCUGAUAGUAUACUAAACAAGGUAAAACAAUUCCAUCAUGGUAAGUUAAACAACAAUGCUAAAUUGAACACAUCUGCCGCAAACAUCUGUAAAAGCACAAAAAUAGGCUUACCUGGAAUAUUGGAACUAGUUGAAAAUGAUGUGUUUGCUACCACUUUCUUUAAAGUAUUUUCUAAAUUUACACCAUCAUGGAUGAAGAUUUCUAGCAAGGACGAGACUUCUGUUUUUGACAUCAAAAAUAUUCACGCCUUGAUUAAUUCCGAAUCCAACGCCUGCUCUUCGUUGUUCGAUUCUUCAAAUGUAAUAACAUAUGAACCAAAUAUUGGCUCAAUUUUUACAUUUGACGAAGACAUCACUUUACCAGACGAGAGAGGCUUUUGUUAUGCAAUCGAUGUGUGUACCUCAGACGUUGGCUUCGCCCUUCCAAGUGAGAGUACAAAAGCAAUCAAGUCAUCAGCACUUUUCCAAGACAUGAGGAACGCUGGCUGGGAUAUUGGCCUUACCGGUGCCAUCUUUCCUAGGAAUGGAAAAGCUACAGUUACCAUUGGGCAGAGUUUAUGGAAUGGAAGGCAGUUAGAGAAUCUUAAAUUACAUGAGUAUAAAGUGUUGCUUAAAGGAAGAAUAAACAUCAAACUGGGAAACAAAGAAAACACAACCAUUUCUUUAGCUUAUCAGGGAGACAUAUUCAUAAACACAGAAAACCUUGAAAAGAGUUUUCAUUAUGGAUUUGAACGGGAAACUACCAGUGUACUGAAAGGAAAAGCAGCCAUGAACUUGACUACAACCGUCUUCGACAAGCAAGUUACCAUACACCUUCCACAAAGAGAAGUCGUUGGGAAAUCUUUAUUAGGAGGUGCAAACAAACCAAGGAACUCAUACAAUCAUGGUUGGUUCAUUGUUUGGAAGAGGGUUUCUAAUCUACUACAAGGAACACCUUUCAACCAUGUGGUACAUCCGAAGAGAAAUCAACCUGUUUUUGUCACAUUGGAGAACAAAAUACAAGGAGGAAGACAGAGAGAGAUCACGAAUUUAAAAGAAUAUAACAUCAUAACAACCCUACUAAGAUUACUUAUUCCGCAAAUGAAAAGUCUCCUCAAAAACCCCAAACUGAUUCUUUUGCUGAAAACAGAAACCUUGGACAAAUGGGCAGCCGACAUCAACCAUGCAGAAACUCUUUCAAGGGAUAUUCGUAGCGCUAUGAGCGGUGAUUUAAGUACUAGCCUUAGUCUAAACAAGUUUUCGUCUUUAAUAACAAAGCUAAGAAAUCGUAUACGUAACGUUAAGUCAAUUUGCCGAGUUAUUGAAUCAGAAGUUAAAAGCAGGUCUUUCGGGGAUGUUCCUUUGAUAGUGAACCAAGCAAAGAAUUUGAAAGAUGAUAUUCCGAAGAUCCCCAGUGUUCGCUGGAAGCGUUCUGCGAUGAUAGUGAAUUUCAGAAAAUUUAGUCUUCUUUUUAAAGGCAAAAUGUGCUCAAAAAAGACUUGUUUUGAUGACGUCAAGAUAAUCCUUGAAAGCACUUCUCCAAAGAUUCUGGAUAUCAAUGUCGACCAUCACCAAGAAAAAUAUAACCUUAGUUUUGUUGUUGAAGGAAAAUUGACCCAACCUCUUACAUUAGGUUCUGUUGCGGCGUUGGAAAAAGAUGAUCGUGUCUUCUUAGAAAUUUACAAUGACACAAAAGCAAGUAGACUGUCUUUCAACCCGAAAGUCAAUCUAUUAGGGAUACAAAAAGUGGUUACUGCAGUGGUAAAACAUGAUAUUUUAUCGUUCCAAACAUCAGGYCUCAUGUUUGGCAAACAUCAGGCCUCGAUUAACGUAAGUGCUAAAACAGAAUAUCAUGACUGGUCUUUAAUCCAAUACCGCUUACAGGGAAGAAUGGACUUGAACUCUAGACUGCUGCAAAGUCUUCAGAAGAAAAUUAAUAAUCAUGCUAGAGAGGUUGCAAAAAAAGCAACCCUACGAAUUAAGAAUGCGGAGAGCGAAGCAAAAAAGAACAACGACAACCUUCGAAACUUCACCGAAUUGUUGCGACAGAAGUUUAUAACAUACGAAGACCUGAAGCAGAAAAAUGGAAGUCAAUUCGCGCUUUUGAAUGCAAACAGGAUGAGUUAUAAGAUGUUAAAAGAUGAAAUUUAUUCAGGUCUUUCUGAAGAUGACGAGGAGCGUGCUAGACAAAGAUGCCCACUAAUGGAAUGUGGGAAAAUAUGCUCCAUGAUUAAUGUUUGCAGCUAUGAGAGGAAAAAACGUAAUAUUACUUACGAUGAACCCAAUUGCUUAGCAAAAGAAAAAACGAUCGAAAGGGAAAAAAUAUUACAAGAAAGUGCAAAUACUUUUUACGUCAAGCCAACUUUUGUGACCCAGUACACUGGAAAUUGUGGGUCUGGAGGAUUUUUUACAACAAUAGCAGACGCAAUUACUGGAUGUGACAGAACUUAUGCAGCGGUACGAGGAGAAGAUGAAAAGGUCCCAUAUACAAGAGUUUGGCUUUCUAGAGUAACAGAGAAGAUACCUGUAAAAGUAUUUGAUUGCUCAAAUCCAGUCUCGAAAAUUAAGGUCGUAGAUAGCUAUGAAUUCUCCUGUGAGAAAACAAAGUGUGUAAAGGUCAUGAAUUCAACAUGCUUUGCAAAAAAWCUGGAAUCUUGUAAAAUUUACAAUAAUCAAAAUUCCGAAAAGCCGCUAUCACAGUAUGAGAAAUUCAAAAACGAACAGUUUAAAAAUCUAAGUCGACUUGCAAUUUUACGAGACAUCGCAUACAUUAACCUGAAAAAARCACAAGCUAAACUUGAUAAAUCGAAGAAAGAACUUGACAUAACCAGAGCGCAAAAAAAGCAAUUGGAGAAUGCUAAAAAUGAACUAGAUUCUGCAGUUACAGAAAUAAAAAGCAUCCCAGAUGUCAUUCUUGGUUUGAGAGUGUCAAGAAUUCUUGAAAAACACCGUGAUAAAAAAAUACUACUGAGCGUGGCAGAUUUAACAUUUGAUGAGACAAUUACCGAUGACCAAGCGAAUCUAAAAAAUCAAAUGCCAAUGACCAUGACAGUGAAACCAAUAGAUGGAAAACAAAGGAAGUUGUCAGUUGUAUUUGAUUUCGACAAGGAAGAUAUUUCAAUUUACAGAGUAAUUAAACAAUUCAUAAGAGAAUUGUACGAGAAGAAAAGAGAUGCGACCAGGAAGAAAAGAUCCAUUCCCGAUAAGUUUUUGAACAAAUUUAUUACAACUGCUGAAAACCAAGUCGACAUGCAAAAUGUAUGGAAUAAUCAUCGUCGUUGUCUGAAAUCAAGGAAUGCAAAUCUUUUUUAUACAGAUGUUUUCAAGUCUCUUGACCAACUUAUUCAUGUUAGAAAACAAGCUGAACAAUCCAACAAAGACAACGUCAAUAAACUCGUUUCACUGUACAAGACCUUUGAAAAAAUUACGACUGUAAAAGCUAAAGGAAAAGGAAAUGAUAAUUCGAAAACUGUACUGAAGUCAUACUUGGAGUACUUUACAUUACUUAUAAACGAGAAACAGAAUUUUACGAAGUCUUGGGAAGAUGUUUUAGUUAUUUGGAAAACCUUUCUGGAAGGGCUUACCAAAGAGAGAUCCUUUUCAGAAUGCGCGGGCUUCCAAGAUUGCCUAGUCAGCAUUGCUGAAGAUUUGAAUGAUCUUUAUCUCUAUGAAAGUGAUUUUUUUAGGGCUAAUGAAAUCAGAGGAAAUAUAUCUUAUGUCAAGGACAGUAUCGUUGAUCUGAUCUCUAGAGACUUCACGUCGAACGAUUUUAAAACUAAAGUACUAGAUCUCAAAUCCCACUUACACCAUACAGAAGACACUAAUGUCCUUUGUGGAAGAAAACCAGAAAUUACCCUUGUAUCAAGUAGGUCUAAAGUGGUGGUAGAGAACGAGACUGUGACUCUGUUCUGUAAUGCUACUAGCGAUACAAAAGUGACUUACCAGUGGAAACACAACAAUGAAUCACUUAUCCAAUCAGAGAAUGGUUUGUUGACUAUACGAAAGGUUAAUACAAGUCACGCAGGCUCCUACAAGUGCAAGGCGAUCAACAGAAAAGGUUUCGCUACAUCCAAUGUGACCAUUAUUUCUGUAAAAAGCAAGCCAAAGAUAACAGAGCAUCCCAAUGACACUAACGUGUAUACAAAAGAUGGGAAGGGGUUUUUGUUAGUAUGCAAUGCAACAGGCGACCCUGAGCCUGAUAUCGAAUGGUUCUUCAUUUCUCAGUAUCCAAACAGCUCAGAAAUCAAGAUCUAUAAUGAUAAUGGAACUUUCUUGUAUUACAAAAACCCCACCACAAAUUUCUCUGGAUAUUAUUAUUGUAUUGCCCGCAACACUUAUGGACGGGCAGAGAGUAAAAGAGCUAGGGUUUGGGUCCUAGACAGUUCUCCAGGACAACCAAGAAUUGAAGUUAAAAUGAAUAUUACUAAAGCAUGCAAUAAGCAAAAUAUUUCGUUGGACUGUUCGAAAUACCGCAGGGAAAAUAUUCAUCAAACAUUGGCUUCUUUACUGAAUUGUUCAUUAUCUCAGAUUGAAAACACAAGUUAUGUUUCAGAUGGCUAUGGAAAUUCUACUGUAAGUUUUCUAUACAUCAGCUACAAACCCAUCAUCGAAAAAAUCGAUCGCGAUCACUCAAUCGAACCAGUCUUUGAAACGCUUUUGGAUUCAUUUGCCAGAAAGCGAAAACAGCUCGUAGAAGAGUUACAACUGCUAUACCAUAGAAUGAAGAAUGAGMCUACUUCUUUAGAAGAAGAAAUUAUUGACCCAGAAAGUCUACUUGUGCGAGGUGCUCCCCCUGGUUGUCCUAGAAAACAAGAACCUCAUUCUAAUGGAUUUAUGUGUGUUAAUUGCCCACCUGGAUCAUACAGAAGUAGUAAUGGUCGUUGUAUGUCUUGUCCACUCCAAACGUAUCAGUAUAAACAAGGACAAACUGAGUGCAUGCAUUGUGAAGAUGGAUCACAAACAGAAACUUUAGGGACAAUAAGUCCAAAAGAAUGUUUUAAGAUUCUACCUGAUGCGGCGCCAGUCAUCACACACUGCAUCCCCUUAAGUUAUGACAGCGCAAGGAUCACGUGGUCACCGAUACCUGAAAACAAACGAAACGGAAUUAUCCGGGGCUACAAAAUCUACUUCAAAGCAGGCGUUGGAGAGAAAUGGCAGAAAUGGCAAGUGCAGACAACAAAGUCAGUUAGCGUGACCAGCUAUGAUAUCACUGGACUGAAGCCAUCUACAUGGUAUUGCUUCAAGAUGUCUGCUUUUACAAGUAAAGGAGAGUAUCGGUUUUGGAAAGAGUCCGAGUGCUGGAUGAUAAAAACACCAUCAGGAUCAAAAGGUUGAGUGAAAAAAGAGCAAGAAACUAACCGGUAGGAGCUGGUUUAGCAAUAUCAGUAUCAGUAUUUUUGGCCAGCCCAGUUCAGUUAAACAAAUUAGAUAGUUUAAAUUAAAAUUUGCUUCGAAGUUUGAAUACAGCACUUUUUUUUACUACCAUGGUGCAUGCGCAGAUUAUAUUAUAUGGACUGUAAAAGGUAAAGCGAUUUUCGCACUAAACCUUACUUAGCUUAAAAACGUAAAGAAAAGCGCAUGCAAUGUAUUAUAGCAAAUAUAACUCUUUUUGUUUUCUUGAUUUUGAUUUUAUAUGCCUUCAGCUUUCAAAUGAAAAGCAAAUCAACUCAAUCGGAUAAGAGUUUAGGUGCUACAAAUUAAAAUGCUCAAAAUCGCUGUCGGUAUUUAGGUAGCCUGGAGUAGGUAGGCUUGGCAAAAAAAUUCCCGGUUGAGGGCAAGUUAAGUUUCCAACGUUAACAUAAAAAGCCUGGUGAUUUGCACUUAAUAAAUAAAUGUUUGUAAUAGUAACAAAAUUUUGUCAUUAUUAUAACAAUAAUGACAAAAUUACAAAAACGUAGAUACAAAAAAUCAUAAUACAAUAGAUACGAGACGAACAUUAUAUUAUGUUGUAUAUGAG